GAAACAUAAAAAACCAGCGAGAAAAAGAGAAGAGAAAGAAAUAAAUGGAUGGCGGUAUGAACCAUGGGGGUAUGCAAAUGAAUCAAACAAUGGGUAUGAGCAAGAAGAAGAUGAUGAUGCAUAUGUCAUUUUAUUGGGGUGAUAGCGCAACAGUUUUAUUCCAUCAUUGGCCAGGGGAUAGUACUGGUAUGUACAUCUUGUCUUUGAUUUUGGUGUUUGUAUUGUCUGUGUUUGUAGAAUGGCUUGGUGUUUCUGAUUCUAAUCAUGUUGCUGCUGGAAUUGUAAGGAGUAUAGUGCAUACAGUUAGGGUUGGGUUAGCUUACUUGGUUAUGCUUGCUGUUAUGUCUUUUAAUGGCGGUAUUUUCAUUGUUGCUGUUCUUGGACAUGGUUUAGGGUAUUUUGUAUUUGGGACACAGGUUUUUAUGAAGACUGAUAAGAACAAAACUCUUCCUGAUUUGGGUUGUUAGAUGAAUUGGGGAUCAUUGGG